UCUUUACGGCCAUCUUGAAUUUGAAGCAACGUCCAUAGAUUAGUUGACAAUGGCGUCCUUAUUGCUUCGAAGCAUUCGUUCAAGUGCUGUUAGACCUGUUCUUAGACUUGUAAAUUCAAGAACUACUCCAGCCUUGCUUUUUAGAGGGAUGGCAGAUGGASAAGGAAAACCAAGUAUUGCAACUCCUGAAGAAAUGGCAACUGGUCUUGAAAAACUUGAAUAUGAUGCUGUACUAGCUGGAGAUGAAGAUCCAUUCAGGCUUGAAAUGGCAACUGGUCCACCAGGAACAUUAGAAAAGCCAACCAUAGUGCCAUCAGCUUUUGGCGAGCGCAUUGUGGGCUGUGUAUGUGAAGAAGAUGCAACUUCAAUCAAAUGGAUGCUUGUGAAGAAAGGAGACCCACAACGGUGUGAUUGUGGUCAUUACUUUGUUGUAAAGGAUGCCAAUCCAAUUGCUCUUGAUUUGUAAAAAAGCAUUAUUAACACUAAUAUGUGUUUGUCAAAUUUUGAAAAAAAUAACUUUGGAUUAUGAGAAUGAACACUAAUUCUAGGUGGUGUGUAUGCAUACUUUAUGUAUUGUUUGACGUCUUAAGGAUGUAAUAGAAGGAACAAUUAUUAAAAUAUUUUUAACUCUAA